AUGGUGGUGAGGGCAGUGACAGUGGAUGAGGAUGGUCGAGGUGGAGGUGGAGUUGGAGUUGAUCACGACACUAGUCUCGAAGAAGAAGAUGAUGAAUUCAUCGAUUGCGAUUUCUAUGAAGCGUCUGAAUCAGAUGAUCGUGAUGUUGAUGAUGAUGAGUUUAAAUCGGAUGACAGUGAUAUUGAUGAUCAAUCCCUCUCCGAUAAAGUUCUCUCCCUCUUUCGAGAAGGAAAGGAUAUAGAAGGUUGUGAUCAUGGUUUAGGGGAAGAGAAAAUUAAUCAUGAUAAUGACAGUGAGGCUGUGAUUGAUGUGAAGAGACGAUUUGGGUUAACUUGCACGCGCUACACAAAGAUCAAGAAGUAA